UUGUUACGCACUCCAGAUUUACGAAUGCCUGCCAACUGACAAUAUUUUAUUUCUUUUAAAGUUGAUACGGGAAUACAUCUCUACAUGUUUAAAAAUAUGGUUAUAUGUGAAAAUAGAAGGAUUUUUAAUAAGCAAGGUCGUAACAGUGCUUAACUUUAAGAUAUCGUGUUAAAUAUCAGUUUGAAAUUGAUCGAUCUGUUGGUUUUCUUGUAUCAACGGAGUACAAAACAAUUUACUUCCUAGUUACAAAAUAAACAGAAAAUGACUGUCUAAGAUAGUUUGUGAGUCAUUUUUAAAAUCUAUGUAUGAAAUGGCUUCUAAUUUUGAUUCAUCCAUUCAGAGGGGCGGUGAUUUCAUCCAUGAUUUUUCUUGCUCUCCGUGUGAAGAGAACGGAUUUAACACCGAAGCUCACCAUUAUUGUACUAAAUGCACAAUAUAUUACUGCCAAAACUGUGUUUCAAAACAUAACGUAUUAUAUAAGAAGCACGCGGUGCUCGGCCGGAAGGACGUGAAGAAAUGGGAGGCUGCCCCAGGAGUGGUGGACGCCCUGGAGAGAUGCGGGAUGCACCCGGGGGAGGCACUGAAGCUGGUAUGCGGUGACCAUGACCAGUUGUGUUGUCCUGUGUGUGUCGCUGUGGACCACAGACUAUGUUCCAAAAUCCAUCCCAUUCCAGAUGUAGCAAAAGGUAUUCAGAGAAAUACUGAGUUUCAACAAAUUCCAAAGAAGAUAGCUGAACUUGAAAAGCAAUUCGAGCUGAUGAAAGAAGCAAGAAUGAAGAAUACGACAUCUCUGAAAAAGACGCGGGCAACCAUUUCUGAUGAAUUAAAAACCAUUCGUAAAAAGAUCAACGAAAUCCUUGACAAGAUUGAGAAGGCAACUUUACAGGACUUGGACGGAAUAAUAGGUGAACUUGAAAAAAAUAUAAAGAAAGAUAUCGAAACUUGUGAUAAAAUGACUAUUGAACUGCAAAACAUGAUUGCCGCUUUUCAAACAAAAUCAAAAUCAAGCGAGUCAAAAUCAUAUAUUGCGUACAGAAAGAGCCAGGAUAUGAUUUCACAAGCAAACGAUCAUCUUCGUGGCAUAUCCACCAUUGAGUGUUACAAUGUAACAUUUCAAGCCAAUAACCUUAUCGAAGAACUUUUAUCUUCAAUAAAGACGUUUGGAGCGAUUGAAGAACAAACUGUUACGACCAAACAGCGAGAAGUUCCCCUUUUCGAUCCAAACCACCUCUUCAGUGUUGACUUUAUUUCAUUAAUGCUACGAAAGGGAACUUCGUUACUAGGAGGACGUUAAGCUUCACGCAUUUAUGUUUUUCCGCAACUCACU